AUGGAAGAUGGUUAUAUUCAUAAUAUGACCUUCAAACAAGCAAAAAAUCUAUUAGAAAGUCCUCGUUCUCGUCAAGUUAUUACUUUGGCUAGUUGUGGUAAAAAAGUUGGUGUUUGUGAAGUUGGUGAUCCCAAUGGUUUUCCUGUCCUUUGGUUCACAGGCAAUAUGGGACCUGCACUUUCUAUAGUGUUGUAUCAUUACAUUGCUAAAAAACAUCAUAUUAGAUUAGUUUGUGUCGAUAGACCAGGUUAUAAUGAUAGCGAUGAUAUAUAUUCAACACCCGGUGUGCCAAACCUGUUUGAAUUUGCAGAGAUGAUUAACGAAUUAACUUUAAUACUAAGAAUGUGGCAAUUUGGUUUGGCGACAUUUUCUUUGGGUGCUGUUUAUGGACUAGCUUACUCAUUAUUAUUUCCUGAAAGAAUCUCCGGCCCAAUAUUUAUGGUUAGUCCUUGGGUGUCAACAAGUGUCCCUGGAACUUCUACAAUGUAUAAAGGAAUAGCUAAAUUUGCUCCAAAUUUUUUAAUACGUACAGGAUUGAGUAAUUUGCCUAAUUUUUUGAAUUUAUGGGGAACUUUAGGAGGCUCUAAUGCGUCACCUUCUACUUCUCAAUCAUCAUCUACAUCAUUUUAUAGUUCAUCGCCUUCAUCACGGUCAUCGUCAACUUCUGUACUAGGGGUGACAAAUGACGAUGACAACCAAAAUCAUGACUUAGAUCCAGAAAAUAUUGAAAACAUCGAUAAUAUUGACGAUUUGUUAUUUUCAAUUUCACCCGGUAGAAGUUUUAUACAUAAUCAAAUAUAUCAGAAUGGUCUAUGGAAUCUACAGAAUAGAACUGGUGCACAUAUAGAUGCUUUGGUUGCGCUGGAGAAAGUUGAUUGGGGAUUCAAAUAUGAAGAGACCACGUACCCGAUUCAAGCUUACGUUGGCGAUGUUGAUGAUAAUGUGCCGAUAAAUGCUUGGAUGUACAUGAGCAAUCGGAUGAAUAAUAUUAAUAUGGAAGUUAUAGAAGGCGGAGGUCAUUAUUUAUUGUAUAGAAUGGAUUUUAUGGAUAAUUUAUUCAAGACUAUUCAACGUACCUCCAAUAAAAUAUAA